UCUCAUCUCUCCUCCAAAACCCAAAACCCCAGAUGGGGAAGUACAUUAGGAAGGCCAAAACGGCAGGGGAAGUUGCCGUAAUGGAAGUCUCCCAGGCUUCCCUCGGUGUUCGCACUCGAGCCAAAACCCUCGCGCUCCAACGCCUCCAGAAAUCCUCGGCUUCUCCUCCGGCUACGAUUGCUUCGGCUCAGUCUAAAGGAGACGGCUCGUAUCUCCAGCUCCGGAGUCGACGGUUAAAGAAGCCGCCGGUUGUGGUGCACCACCAUGAUUCGAAGAGGCACAAGCAGCAGCAGCAGACACAGCAACGGGGGAGUAAGAAGGAUAACUCUGGAGAGAAUCUUAACCCCAGUUCGAAUUCGAGGGUUCGUGUGGUUGGCGGCACGGAUUCGGAAAAGAAAAAAGAAGGUGGAGUUGGAAGCCAAGGCAUUGCACAAGAAGAAGAUAAUGGGAAUGAUAAUGUUAUCAACUGCAUCAAUAUUAACGAUAAUAAUAAUGAGAGCAAUGAUUGUGGAGGUGUCGAAGCUUCUUUUGGGGAAAAUAUUUUGGAUAAUGAAGCUAGAGAGAGGGGCACUAGGGAGUCAACUCCGUGCAGCUUGAUAAGGGACCCACAGAGUAUAAGAACCCCAGGUUCAACUACUAGGCCAACCAGCUCAGCAGAGACUAGCCAAAGAGUACAGAAUUCAACGAGGCAACACAUCCCGACAUCAAAUGAAAUGGAUGAGUUCUUUGCUCUUGCAGAAGUAGACCAGCAAAGACAAUUCAUUGAGAAGUACAACUUUGAUCCGGUGAAAGACAAGCCACUUCGAGGACGUUAUCAAUGGGAGAAAGUGGAUCCCUAGACACAAUAUUUCCUGACAAUACAUCAGUUGUGAUGGUGACGGUGUUAGUUCCCUUUUCCAUCACCCUUAGUUUUUACUUGUAAAGAAAGAAGUAGGACUGUUAAAAGAUGUGUCGACUAACAAUCUGUAACAUAACAAUGGUAACAAGUUACACACACGCACACCAGAAAAAAAAAGAUAUGAAUCGAAGUCCUUUGUCUAACAGAUUUUCUGAGAAGGGAAGGGAAUGAAGGUGUAGGUUAGAGUUUAGUAACUUUAGGGUCAGUCAAUUAGGUCAGUUGAUCUGGUACAGAAUUGCUUUGUAUUUUCCUCCCCUCGUUUGUCUAUACUUGUAAUGAUGGAACCUUUCCGAGA